AUGGCACAAUAUAGCAUCUAUGAUAUUAUCGCUUUGCUCGUUAGUAUAAUGCUUCCUCCAUUAGGAGUGGUAAUGAAACGAGGUUUUAAUGCGGAUUUUUGGAUUAAUAUUAUCUUAACAUUAUUAGGAUGGCUUCCAGGAUUAUUCCAUGCAUUUUAUGUAAUUUUUAAAUACCGAGAUGAAUCAAAUUCAGGCGAAGUUCGUCCAAUAUUUGGAGGAACGCGUCCAGAGACACCACAAUCUCAACCUCAAUAUCAUUCACAAUAUCAGCAACAUUCAUAUCCAAAAGACAAAGGUUCCGUUGUUAAAGAUGCUCAAAAAUCUGGUGCCGGAUUUUCUAAUGAGGAAGUAAGUCAAGCAUAUCCUCCUACUUAUGGUAAUCAUGGAAAAGACGAAAAAUUAGAAGGGCAAUCCAAUGCUUAUUAUACAGAUUAUACGGAUGAUAAGAAAAGGCAUCAAUGA